UCAAAUUAAAGCCUGCAACAUUCAGAGAAUUUCGAAAAGAAAACACAGGAUGUACUUGGAAGCUGUGAGGAUACAGCUCAUGAGCUUAGCGCUGCUGGCACUGCCCUUCUUCCGCAUUGUCUUUCUGUGCCUUCUUUCUCGUAGUAGUAACCUCAAUUAUCAUCCUGUGGAGCCCGCACUUAUGGCGCCGGUCAAAGAUAUAUAAUGAAGUCUACACUGCCCAUGGUCUCAAGAACCUGCUCAUCUGACUGCAACAUCCUUGCGAUGAGGUCCGAGUCACGGAAGUUUAUGGACCUCCUUUACACCCCUACAUACCAGUUCGUCAACUGGGAUCCACUAACGGCGAUCAAUGUAGGCGACUAUGGAAUGGUCAACAAGGAGACUGGAGAAUUCGAACGGGAAGGGAACCUUUACACAUUGCAGAACGAUGUCGAUAUCGACAUGACGGACCCAGCACUACGCCCCAUAGAAACGGAAGGGGACGACACAUACAUCGCUAAAUCGUGGGGUGCCACCGUCGAGAACGUCGACACAACCAAAGAAGCCACUGUGCCUGGUGCAGGGAAUGUUGCUCUCAAAGUUGAGUUUGAGUCCGAUGGUAGGAGGCGAGCAGCUAUGAUGGUCAUGUACAAGGCAAAACACAUCAGCAUUCCCAACGAUGAGCGCAUCGUCAAGCUGAUCAAGUCCAAACCUGAUGUCCUCAAAGAGAAGUAUGUAGUCACCCAAGUGACGUGUUGCGCAGCAUAUGUUAUGUACAUGUCUACCACUGAAGUCGAAAAAUUUCCCGUGACACUUCAUGUCAACGGGCCUAUCGUACCGGCUGUCGAUGCUGGAGGAGCAACGAGUUUCACCUGGUCUUCAGGAACCAACCAUGGUGUUUACCGUGAGGGAAGCAAAUCGGGCGCAAAAUACAUGCCCAUCUAUAAGCUAAAGGAGCCUCGCUCAAAGUUCUGGGUGCCUCUCAGUGAACGCGGAAAUGAGAAAAUUGACGAUUCGAUCGAGAAAUGGGUGGCUGUCGACCCACCUUGGGAACUCAUCGACGAUGAUGGCGAAGAAGACCCAUUUUAUGAUGCAGAGAUGCAUGGUGACUUCGGCGUUUUCAAUGAUGGCUAUCCUGAUAAUUAUGAUGAUGACGACUACUGAUCAUUCGCGAAUGCUGUUAUCAUUACCCCGACGGACGAAUCGUGCCACUUUGUACAUAUACAAGCCACAUUGCUGGAAAGGUAUCAACAUUCUUACGUGGACAGAGUUCCGUCUAACCAAAUUUCGAAAGUUGGGUAAUUGUGUCAAUAUAGCUGAAGUGAUCCAUAUAUCAGGAGCAGCAGGCUAAAGUUGUAGAAUUGAAAUUCCCUCCCUCGAAAUUUGAUUUUUGUGCUUGCUAGCUGCAUUUCAUUUUCCCCUUGGUAAGUACUGGUGACUCUGAGACAUGCCUGUAUGGUAGCGUUCAAUGAUUCCAGCUAGUCAGUCCACUGUUGGCUAUUACCGUUCUCGCAUUGGCGGCGUGCUGAUUGGGCUAGAUCCACAAAGUUUGCUCACUGACAUCAUACUCACGGCGGCAUUUGAUCAAUGGUCACCUAAAGAAUGAACCCGAUAACAACCGUGCAGACAUAGU